ACGUCACUCGUGAUUAGAGUAAACGCGUAUAAGAUAGUUGGUAUGACACAUAACCUAGAAAUAUUUAACUUUCAAAACGACUUGUGGAAAAAGUUUUGUUGUAGUUAUUAUGUAAAAUAUUUGUGAAAACCUAUAAAUAUUAGAAGUACUGUUUUAAUUUUUAUGACUUAUUAUUUAUUUCUGAAUUUUUUUAUUGACUUUAAAAAAACAUGAUCAUUUAUUUCAUAACUUUCUGCAUUUAUAAGAAAACUCAUGUAAUUUAAAUCAGCAUGUGUGUAAUUCUACAUUUCUAGAGAAUACGUUUUUAGAAGAAUAAUUGUGAACAUUGUAAAUAUAUGAACAAAUAUAUCCAUAUUUUCUUCAAAAUUUAAAUUUUAUGUUUGUAUUAAGUGAUAACCUUGGAAAGUUUGAAACAAAGAUUUAAUUUAAAAAACUGAAUGAUUAGAAUUUAUAUAUUAUCCAAAAGGAUGUUUUUGGAAAAUAAUGAUUAUUAUCAGAAUGAUAUUUUUAAUGAUUAUCAAAGAAAAUAAUUUUAAAAUACAUAAGGAAAGAUAGGAAAAGAUUUUUUCAAUGUCAUGUGAAAAGUUGCUUUGUUGUUUAAAGUUGAUAAUCAUGGAUGAAAGGAGGGUAGCAGAUUAUUUUGUUAUUGCUGGUUUACCUGGUCAAGACAAUGAUUUUAAUAGUGAUAAUGAAAAUAAUGACCAAUUAGAAGAUUGGUAUCAAGAAGGAACACAUGUAAAAGAUAUUAAUAUGAAACCUCCUAUUACUGAUCUUGCUAUCAUAUUUCCUGCAUUGGGUGAAAAAUGUCCAGAAGGAUAUGUUUUGUUAGAACAUACUGUUUCAGGCUUACCUGCUGAUUUAAACCAUGGAAGUCUAAGAACAAAUGAAUGUUAUUUAUGUUAUCGUCGAGGACGUGAUAAACCACCAUUAGUUGAUAUAGGUGUAAUAUAUGAUGGUAAAGAACGUAUAAUGCAAGAUGCAGAGAUGAUAUUAGAAACUCCGAAAGGAUAUUUAGCUAAUGUAAAUAAUUCAACAUCAAGAAUAUUUGUGACAUAUAGACGUGCAAGUCGUAAAAUGCCAUGCAAUUCAUUAGUUGUGACUGAUAUUUGUGUGAUAUUAACAAAUAAAGGAGAAACUCCCCCACAUGCAUUCUGUGUCAUCAAUAAAAAUUUAAACAAAGGCAUGCUGGGUAGUGAUGUGUUUUUGUGUUACAAGAAAUCUAUGAAUCGGGCAAAUUUGAUAUCAUUUAAACCUGCAAUAUUAUAUAAAUAUCCAAUAGUUGAUUAUAGCAGCUUCAUCUUCCCAAAUUCUGUUGCAAUGUUUUGUUUACCAAUGGGAGCAACAAUAGAGUGCUGGCCCAAAGUAGCAUGUAAACCUAAACCAGUAUUUUCUACAUUUGUUUUGACGGUUGCUGAUGCAGCUCAAAAAAUAUAUGGAUCAGCAUUAACAUUUUAUGAGGAACUUGAAUUAGAAAUGGAUAUUCCAAAUUUUAAAGAAAAUCAACAACCAGCUGAUGUAUUUAUGGAAAAUAUAAAGAAUUCUGUUGAACAUGCAGAUAUUGAUUACCAACAAGUAAAAAUGAAAACAUAUAAACAAUCUGGAAUAUUCAAAAAGCUUACAGAAUCGCAAUUAGAAAAGUUGCAAUAUACAAAUCCUGCAACACAAUCUUUGAAUAUUAGUAAAUCUAUAUGCAUCUUAUCACAUUGGCCAUUUUUUGAUACUUUUGAAAAAUUUUUAGUUUUUUUACAUAGCAUGUGUAAUAACAAACCUCAAUCAGUUCCUAUUGAAAAAUAUAUAGCAUAUUUUUUGUAUGAUAUACCAUUUCCAAGUCCGCAGAGACCCAGAAUUCUUGUGCAGUUAAGUACUAAGAACAGAUUGAUUUUGACACAACCAGAAGAUUUGGCACUACCUAGAUCGGGUGCCAGUUUUCGACAGUUACUCAUCAAUUUAGGGCCUGAUAAUUGUUUACUUAUAUUAUUAUUAAUCCUUACUGAACAGAAAAUACUUGUACAUUCAUUACGUCCUGAUGUACUUACAUCGGUGAGCGAAGCAAUCGCUAUGAUACUAUUUCCAUUUAAGUGGCAAUGUCCUUACAUACCUUUGUGUCCUCUUGGAUUGGCCGAAGUUCUACAUGCUCCAUUGCCAUUUUUAAUUGGUGUGGAUUCUAGAUUUUUCGAUUUAUAUGAUCCUCCUUCCGAUGUUAAUUGUGUAAAUUUAGACACAAAUAAUAUAGCGAUUUGUGAUGACAAAAAAUAUUUAAAUGUGAAAUUAUUACCGAAAAAAGCAGCUAGACAACUUAGAAAUUGGUUAGAACAUCUUUAUUCAAAAUUGAUUUCUUUGGGCAAAAGUUAUUCAUCCAUGAAAGAUACAGAGGAUGAAGAAUUCAGUGUGGACAAAGAAUUUCAACAAAAACGAAAAGAACAAGCUUUAGAGCUUGAAAUACAAGACGCUUUUUUAAGAUUUACUGCUACUAUACUCAAAGGUUACCGCGCUUUUUUAUUACCAAUUACAAAAGCACCAACAGUUGGUUCUACAGAUCCAACUAGUUUAUUCAACAUAUUAGCGUUUCUCAGAAGUCGAGACAAAGCUCAUGCAAAAUUUUAUAGUAUGUUAGUAAAAACGCAAAUGUUUAUAAGAUUUAUAGAAGAAAGAAGUUUUGUAUCUGAUAUGGACAUGGCAGGUUUAGCAUUUUUUGACGAAUGUACCGAACGUGUUGAGGACGAAAACGUGCCUCUUUUGGAAUUGGAUGAAUCUCAACAUAGCGAACGAACAGUAUUUAUACCUCCUCCUGAAUCUGUCCCAAAUCAGCUACCGAUUAUAUAUCGUACAUUUAAAUUGAAUCCUGAAUUAAUAAGACCACAAAAAAAUUUCAACAUAAGAAAUCCAGAUUUAAGUGCCUUUGGAAUAGUACCAGGAAGUCCUAUGGCACGUAGAACUAAACAUGAAAUUAAAGUGGCACAAAGGAUGGCACGUAAACAAGCAGCAAUGCCAGAUAGAUGGGGUAGAUGUCUGCUUGGAACUUGUUAUACUUGGUUUUUGCAUUUACCGGCUAUGCUACAGACUUCCAAUCAACCAGCUACGAUCUUACAUCAAGCUUAUGAUUUAUUAGUUAAAAUGCCGAAAUUACAUCUUGAUCCUAUUGAAGAAGUUUGCUAUAGAGCUAUGAUGCAAUUAUGUGGCGUCUAUGGGCAACCUGUUUUAGCUGUAAAAUUGUUAUUUCACAUGAAACGUAGUGGAGUACAACCAAACGCACUCACUUAUGGAUUUUACAAUAAGGCUGUACUUGAAGCAACAUGGCCAUCUGAUAUGACAAAUUCCAGUCAGUUAAUGUGGAAUAAAUUAAGAAAUGCCAUAGUUGGAGCUGCUCUAUUUAAAAGAGCUGGUAAAAGAAGUGCCAGAAGAAGAUUAAGUUCAAAUGCAGAAUUGUUAUCUAUUGAUGGCAAAACUACAAGUAUGGAACAUGCAUUUUCUAGAUCUAGUCUUGAUAGUUCUCAUUCUCAAGAUACAGAAGCCGCUCAUAGCGAUUCUACUAAAGGAAGCUCUGUCUCAGAUCUGCCAGAAUAUGGACCUUUUGAAAUAAAGAAACUUCCACGACAAAAUAGUAUUGUUAAAGAUUCCGCAGCAUUAAAUGUUAUACAAACAGAAGAAUUGGAUAAUUUAAAUCAGAGAAUAAUUCGAAACUUAGAAUCGCCAUUAAAAAGUCCUAUUCGUACACCGGUCACAGAAAAUGAUCCGUUAGGCGCUUUAAUUAAUGAUGAAACUCCGAUUGUUUCACCUUCUGAAGAAAAUGAUUCAAAUUGUUCAACAAGUACUUUAACUGUUUUUAAUAAUGCCGAAGAACGACCAGGAGGACCACUUUUAUUUCGAAGUAAUAUUCUGCCUCGUAGUGCAACAUUUCAUCAAACAGUAGAUGAAACUGGUGUAACGAUAGGUGGUCAUUUACAAAGAAGUGAAACUAUGCCACAUUCUGUUGCACAGCAAGGCGAACAGGAUAAGGAAAGAGAACGAUUAGAAAUAAGCAGUCUUUGGUCUCAAAAGGACAGCGUUACUUCCAGUCUUUCAAGCUUAGGUUCGAGUUUGAAACUGAGCUUCGGUCCUACUAGUUUGACGGGAAAGAAAUCCAAUGAAAUAAUACUUGGUGGUUUAAAUAGUUUAAAAUCUGCUGCUACGACAGUAGUUAAAAAAUUUGACGAAAUUAAGGAAGCUAUUUCUGCAACAAGUACUCCAGUGAAAUUAAAGGAACGCGAAUAUAAAAUAACACAUGGAGCAUCGCAUGAAUCGUUGGAUUCUAUGACGGAUGGUUCUUUACAAGAUAGAAAUGAACCUCUUAAAAUAACUGGAGAUGGAAAUCUAGAUCCGUAUGCGUUAUACGAUUUAGCUGAAUGUUUAUAUCCAAAAGGAUCGAGAGAAUUAGAAGAUCGGAUUGCUAUUGAGCUUGUACUCUCUAGUGCAAGUAGAUGUCAUCAUUGCGCCACUAUUCUUUAUGAUGAAGAAAUAAUGGCUGGUUGGCAGCCAGAAGAUUCGAAUUUAAAUACAGUUUGUCAGUACUGUGAUAAAGCAACAGUACCUCUACUUACUAUUACAAUAUUAGAUUAUAGAUGCGAGGAAAAUGAAAAGAAAAGUGAUCCUCUAAUGGGAGCUUUGGUUGAAUUAUUAGAUAAACCAAGAGAAUUAUUAGAACCUAUUACGGUGCCAUACUUAAAUCCUCUAGUUUUAAGAAAAGAACUAGAAAGUGUUUUAAGUCAAGAGGGUGAUGCGUGUCUUAUUAAACAUAAGUUUAUUGAGGAACAUCCAAUAGUAUAUUGGAAUCUUAUAUGGUAUUUCGAAAGAAUUAAUUUAACGAGUCAUCUUCCUGAUCUGUGGCUAAGCAAUGAUAAGAAGAAAGAACACAUGAAUUAUAAUGCUGUAGGUGUCAAAACUAUGUGGGAUAAUGAAAGACUUCACAUGGAUCGCUUACCUAUGUAUCUCCAAUGGAAGUUAAAUAUUGCAGAUGACAAAACAUUAAUGCAAUCAGUAAUUACGAACGUUCGACGAAAUGAUUUAGCGGAACCUAUAAAAAGAGUGGCCUUAGAAAGAAGUAAAAAUCAAUCAUCUAAUCAACCGCUAUUUUCUAUAUAUCGAGAUAUUUUGUUUCUGGCAUUUACAGUUUUGGGAAGAGGAAAUAUUGACCAAAGUGUUUUUGACAGAGAAUACACUUUAGCUUUAGAAAAAUUAACGGAAAGAGAAGAAAAAUUGUUAUGUAAAAUUGAUGCUCCGCCCUCAAUGAUGUCAGUGUUUUGCAGACAUUACUUUAAGCAACUAAACGUGUAAAAUUAAAACUCAAAUAUUAAUAAUACGGAUGUAACAUAUUGUGAAAAUGAAUAGUAUGUUCGAAAUGCUAUAGAUUUAUCUAUAAAGCCUGAUUUUCGAUAUAAACACAACAUGUCAAAAUUAAUAGUAAAUUAUACAUUUUAGAUAAAUAUUUAUGAUUAUUAUUUCCAAAAGAAAAUUAAUAAUUAAUAUUAUUUUAAAAAUUUAGACUUUUUUCAUAAUUAAAGAAUAAACAAAUGAAAUUUAGCUAAAAUCGUAAAUAUUAAAAUAUUUGAUUAAAGAAUAAUGUAUUCUUCUUUAUCAGAAAUAUGCAAUUACUAUCAAUAAUUUUCUAUUUAAAGAAAAAGAAUAUAUUAUAUAGUUGCAUAUAUACUUUGUUAUUAAAAUGUGAAUAUUCAUAGUUAUAUGUAUGAACGAUAAGAAAAAUCAUUCAGUACCAAAGAAUCUGACUUGAUCUAAAAACUAUGAAUGCAAUUGUUUUAGUUGAUAUAAUAUAAUGAUAAAGAAUGGAUAUAAUUUUCAG